AUGGAUCAUCUCUUGACACUCGCUAGCCGCCAGGAACAACCCAGUGAACCAGCUCCUGCCUGCGAUACUGGCAAUGAAUUCGAUGGCCAUCUGGGCCUGCGCGUCUCUGCUGUAUUUGUGAUCUUGGCGGGCUCCCUAUUAGGGGCUCUCCUCCCCGUCCUUGUUCGACAGGAUCCACACUCGCGUCACAACAGCAGAAAACCUCGUGUGCCGUCCUGGGUGUUCUUUGUCGCAAAGUUCUUUGGUUCUGGUGUCAUCGUGGCCACAUCGUUUAUUCACUUACUGGCUCCUGCCCAUGAGGCCCUUAGCAACCCAUGUCUUACCGGCCCGAUCACGGAGUAUCCGUGGGUUGAAGGGAUCAUGUUGAUAACCGUUAUACUUCUGUUCUUCCUCGAGCUCAUGGUCAUCCGGUACGCACAUUUCGGCCAUGGCCAUCAUGACGAGUCUCCAGGAGAUCGUCAGACCGAGGCUGGCGUAGUUUCCCGGGCCGAAAAGAACCCCAGGGCUCACCGCCCAGGACCAGAUCACCUAGAUCACUCACACGACCACCCCUCCGACGCUGGCUCCGACCCCUUCGAUGGCGCCCACACGGCUCUAAUCGAGGACUACAGUGCUCAGCUUACAUCAGUCUUCAUCCUCGAGUUCGGCAUCAUCUUCCACUCCAUUUUCAUCGGCCUCACUCUCGCCGUCGCCGGUGAAGAAUUCAAAACUCUCUACGUGGUCCUCCUCUUCCACCAAACUUUCGAAGGCCUCGGUCUUGGGUCCAGGCUCGCAACCAUUCCAUGGCCGCACUCGAAACGAUUCACUCCAUAUCUUCUCGCGCUCGCAUUUGGCCUGUCUACUCCAAUCGCUAUCGCCAUCGGACUAGGCGUGCGCAACAGCUACCCACCGGAAGGCCGUACCACAUUGAUCGUCAACGGCGUUUUCGAUUCCAUCUCUGCGGGUAUCCUGGUUUACACCUCGCUGGUGGAAUUAAUGGCGCAUGAAUUCAUGUUCAGCACUUCGAUGCGGCGAGCGCCGAUCCGCACUGUCCUCGCCGCCUUCGGACUGUUGUGUCUAGGUGCGGCGUUGAUGGCUUUAUUGGGAAAAUGGGCGUGA